AUGGCAAAAUCAAGCUUUGUUAUCACUUUUCUCUUCAUAUUUUCUUUUACAAGCAGCCUUGUAAUUCAAAGUAAAUCCUACCGUCACUAUCCUCAGCUUGAUGUAACAGCCAGUUUAUUUAUUUUUGGUGAUUCCCUAUUUGAUCCUGGAAAUAAUAACUACAUCAAAACUUUACGUCUGGCCAAUUUUUAUCCAUAUGGCGAAACCUUCUUUAAGUAUCCAAGUGGUAGAUUUUGUGAUGGUCGACUCAUCUCAGAUUUUAUUGCUGAGUAUGCUAAGUUACCUUUCAUUCCACCGUAUUUGUACCCUGGAAAUCAUGACUUCAAAUAUGGGGUGAACUUUGCCUCCGCAGGAUCUGGUGCUUUGUUUGAGACUGCAAGAGGAUUUGUGAUAGAUCUUCAUACUCAACUUGGAUAUUUCAAGAAUGUUAGCAAUCAACUGAGGCAGCAAAUAGGGGAUGCAGAGGCAAAAGCUUUGCUUUCAAGAGCUGUUUAUAUCAUUAGUGUUGGGAGCAACGAUUACUCAUUCCCAUUCGUCAGAAACAUCACCAUCCCUAAUACCCAACAGUUUGUGGGGAUGGUCAUAGGCAACUUAACUGAAGUGAUUAAGGAAAUCUACAAUAUUGGAGGAAGGAAAAUGGGGUUUUUGAGCUUGGAUCAUUUUGGGUGCUAUCCAUACGGUAGAGUGCUUGAAGGGGGAAACAAUGGCGCCUGCUUCGAUAAAUUCAUACCCUUCAUAAACUUACACAACACACAACUCUCCAUACUGCUAAAAGAGUUGCAGACAGAGCUUAAAGGAUUCAAAUACUCACUUGCUGACCAGUACACAUUCACGGAAGAAAGAUUAAAUCACCCUUCAAAAUAUGGCUUUAAAGAAGAGAAGGUGGCAUGUUGUGGAAGUGGUCCAUACAGAGGACAUCCUAGCUGUGGAGGUAGGAGAGGAGAGAAAGAGUAUGAACUGUGUGAGAAUGUCAAUGACCAUGUUUUCUUUGACUUUGCUCAUUCAACAGAGAAGUUCAACGAGCAAUUUGCCUUAGAAGCAUGGAAUGGAAAGCCUAGUGGCUUAGGGUCUUAUAAUCUCAAAGGACUAUUUGAGUCCGAGUAAUCGUGGAGUGUAGACCCUUCAAUUCAUCACUGGUUGUC